AGAGCACAGAGAGCUGUAGGAUUUGAUGUCGUUCAUGGUAAAACAGCUUAAAAUUAAAAAAGCCAAAUCAAGAGGACUACAAGGUAAGAAAAGGCCCGAGUUCAGACGAUCGACGAUGGAGGGAAGCUCUUCAAAUGGAACCUUUCAGUUCAAUUUGAAGAUCAACCACUUUGACAUGCCCCCCGUGGCGAAGUACCCCAUGUUCUUCGUGGGGCUCCUGAUCUACCUCUUUUCCGUCUUCUGCAACCUGACCAUUCUGGUCUUGAUCGUGAGGCAGAGGAACCUCCACAAGCCCAUGUUCAUCAUCCUCUUCAGCCUGCCGCUGAACGACCUGAUGGGGAUCACGGUCAUGCUCCCCAGGGUGCUGGCAGACAUCGUGACCCUGGAGCACUCCGUCUACUACCCCACCUGCGUCCUCCAGGCCUUCCUGCUGCACAUGUACGGGGGGGGCAUCCUGUUCCUGCUCGCGGUCAUGGCGCUCGACAGGUACGCCGCCAUCUGCAAGCCGCUGAGGUACAAUUCGAUCAUGACCCCGUUCACUUUGUUCCUCCUCAUAGCGAGCGCGUGGGGGCUCGAUCUCAUUCUGGUGGGAGGCCUGUUCAUUCUGCAAGUCAGACUGCCCAGGUGCAGGAAUUUCAUCAGGAACGUCUACUGCGACAACCCCUCCCUGGUCAACCUCUCCUGUGACAGCGACUUGACUGUCAACAACAUCUAUGGGCUGGCGAUCACAGCAGCCAUGCAGAUUAUCAGUGUGUCCAUUCAGUUAUUCUCGUACAUUCAUAUUUUAGUCACUUGCUUACAUCAUCGGCAGACUGACGCCAGGAGCAAGGCUCUGAACACCUGCCUGACGCAGAUAGCUGUGUUUCUGCUCUUCGAGUGCGUCACAACAGUCACGAUUCUGUCGUAUCGCUUCAAGGAUGUCUCCGCCAACCUGCAGAAAGUUUCAGGAAUGCUAAUUUUCCUGAUCCUUCCAGUGUGUAACCCAGUACUGUAUGGAAUAAAGAAUAAAGAAUUAAGGGAAACAUUACUGACCAUUGUGAGAAAGCAAAAGGUCGCCUCCAUAUAAUUAUGCUAUUAGCUGACAAAAAAUCGCCAGAGAGAGCAACAAAGUCAUCAAGCCUGCAGUGGCUGCCUAGUGGCUUGUUGUUGGGGGGUCUAUAGGGGUGGAGUCUAUGGGGGAUUCCCGUCAACACAUAU